AUGGACCAUACUAAAUCAAACGAUGUUAAGCUGAGCGAGGAAUGCUAUCAAGUACUUAUUGUUGAUGAAUCUAAAAGAUCGAUUAGUCAGCUCUUCUCUUCACAUGAGGAAGCUUGGGACUUUUACAAGGAAUACGCACGGAAACAUAGUUUUAGUGCACUUCGAGGAACAACACGCCUUGAUAGGGAAGGGAAUGUGAAGACACAAGAAUUUUGUUGUUCAAAAGAAGGGUUUCGGUUAUCCAAAGUCAAUAUUAUUGAUCGUCAACGUGCUUAUACACCAGUCAUAAGAACCGGAUGCAAGGCAAAAGUCUUGGUGAUGGAAACAAAUACAAACGAUCAAUGGGUUCUAAGUAAGUCUUUUCAGGAACGUAAUCAUGCAUUGUUCACAACUGUUAUGACACCAUUUAUGUAUUCAAAUAGAGCUGUGAGUAAGGCUGAUGUGGAUGAGUCAACAACAUUGGAAGAUGUUGGUGUUGGACAUCACAAGUAA